AUGAUCAAGAAAUUUUCUUUAAGCUUCAUCUCCUCAGAACUUGAAUAUUCCUUUAAAAAAUGGAUUAUUGAACAAUAUCAAUUCAUUUAUGAGACUACUCUUGCUACAAUCACAAUUUAUCUUAUAAUCAAUCUGAUCAAUUACAAUAACGAUGUCAUUUACAUCAUAACAACUUCAAUAAGUCUUUGUAUUGAAUUAACAAUACUGUUUUUCUAUCAGAAAUAUCCUUUGUAAAGAGAAUUUAUUCAAAGUUUGAACCUAAUAAUUUUUAGUAUUACGAUUGAUAUUUAUAUGAUUUAUAAUCAAGCCCAAGACACAGCUAUAGAAAUGGGGAUAAUGAAAUAUAGUAUAGAAUCUAUUAUUAUAAAAAAGUAUUAUAUCUAUAGGGAAAUCGAUUUAGAAGCUAAACUUUGAUUUUUCUCCUUAGUUUUGGAGUGGAAGUUUCAAUAUCUUAGUUGGAUGUAUUUCCACAAAUAGUGCAUGGUUUAAUUAGAUUAUUCAUUAUUUUCUUUCGCUAUUAGAUUGAGAUGAAAAGAAGACAAUUUUAUUUAGCACACAGAUCUUAAUUAUAAUAUGAAAAUUUGAUAGAGGAAUAAUUACCAACAUGGGUAGUCUUGAUUAAAUAUGAUAAAUAAUAAGGCUAAUUAAAGAUUGAUAAGAUUAAUAGAAUAAUGAGAGAAACAUUUAAUUUUGUAACUGAUCAAAAAUUUAGAGAGUUUCUAAGAGAUUCAAAUAUUCAACCUUUAGAAGGACCAAAAAAGAAGUAAUUUAAUUUUGAAGAAUUAUUAUUGAAAGAGUUACUAUUUAAAUAGGAAACUAAUUAAAUAUCAAAGUUUUUAGGUUAAUUUAUAAAUAAUGAAAAAAAAUGGUAAUUUUAAAUAACAAAAAUCUAUUUCAAUUCAAUUGAACCCACUAUUUUACUUUUAUUUAUAGAAUAAGGUGGAAAUUUGUAUGAAUUCUAUAAUAAUUAGAUUAAGUGGAGAGAUCAAUAAUUAGUUAAUUAAAGCAAAUAAUGUCUAAAUUAUAUUAAAGAUUAAAUAAAUAUUCUAAAGUUUUUCAAAUAAUAAUCAAGUGUUUAAGAAUUAUUUCACAUAAGUAAUCUAAUAAGUAAUAGUUAUAUACUAUUUAAUUAAAGUUUGAACAUCUAUUAUAUAACAUAAAUAACUUAUAGUAAAUUAAAAUAUAAAAUCAAUGAAUUUUAAUUAAUAGAUUUAAUAUAAUAACUUAAAGAUGAUCUUAAAUUUACAAAUAAUCAAUUAAAAUUGAAUAUACAUAUGAAAACAGAUAGAUCAAAAAUGAUAUCAAUUAUAUUGAGUAUUUCUGAAUUUAUUAAAAUCAUGCUAGCCAUCAUAACAAAUGAUGAAAAAUAAUUGUAUGAAUGUCAUCCAUCAGGAUUUCCUAUCUAAAUCAAAUUCAAAAGAAUCACACAUUAACCAGGAUGUUUGAAAAUUAUUAUGAAACAUUAAAUUCUUAAAAUACCACAUCAGAUAUAACAAACAUUAUUAAAAGCUGCUUCCUUUACUGAUCAUAAAAAAAGGAAUUGGGGAGUUAAUCAUUAUUAUGAAAACAUCUAAAAUUUAAGUGAUCAAAUUCAUAAUUUGAACAUAAAGGCUCAGAAAGUUACAAAAAGUCAAAUUUCUUUAUUAGAUCUAGAUUCAGCUUCAUAUUAACAAACUAAAGAAGUUUAUCUAAAAGGAAGUACAGAGCCUUUUAGUACUUUAGGCUUACCUUUAGCUUAAUAUCUAAUCUGCCAAUUGGGACCAAACAAUCAUAUCAAUUUUAAAGAUACUUAAUAAUAAAAAUUAGGGGAUUCUUUAUCUUUUCGAAAUUCAACACCAUAAACAAAGAUAAGUUUUAUGAUUUAUGAAGAUUUGAAUGAAUUUAUUUAACAAUUGAAUGAAUAAGAUCCCAAUCCUUAUUUAGAUUGUUUUAUUUCAAAUGAAAUUUAAUAAUCUACAUUUAAGACAUUCCAUAGUCUAUCUCCAACACAUAAACAUAAAAGAGGAAGUUUGUAAUCAUUUAUAAAUACUUAAUUAAAUUGA